GUUCACUAGCUCUCAAUUUCUAGCCCAUUGAUAAUGGUCAACUCCGGGUCUCCUGGUUGUAUGAGAAAAUCAAAGGUCUCGGACUAAGCUCAAGACUCAAGUCCAAGCCAAAACUUCUUAUCGCGCGGGCUACAAUCCAAGCCGAUACUGUAAUAUUGGCCCAAACAAUAUCAAGUGUCUCUAAUCGCAAAUAAUAUCAUUGAUAAUACCCAUUUUGCCCCAUCUCGCUCAUUAGAUAGGUCGGAUCCAUCCCAAACCGGUCAAACAUAUUAAAUAAAAGGUUUAAUACACUUGUAUAUCCAAAACUUUCACGGUUGUGCCAGUAAUAUCCAAAUUUCCCGAAAUACCAUUAUAUCCAUGUUUUAAAGUUGUUCGUUGCCAAAUCUAUCUAUUUCUCAAUAUAUUUUUGGUUAAAUACACGUGUAUAUCCAAAAACACUGUUAAAGAAUGUGAAGGAAUUGGAUAUAAGUGGUAUUUUGGGAAAUUUAGAUAUUAUUGGCACAACCGUGAAAAUUUUGGAUAUACAAGUGUAUUUAACCUAAAUAAAAUGGGUUAGCUCAAAAUUGUCGCAACCUACGCAACUCGCGUCCACCCCAGUCCUCCAGUGUCCAGUCUCAGUUCCAGUCCCUCGAGUCAUCAUUUCGACUGUUUUCCCUUCUCCGGCUGAAGUCUUCUGUUUCCCAACACAGAACCAUGGCUGCCGCUCCCUCGCUCUUCUACUUUCUCCUUGCUCUGGUGACGGCUUCCCUCUUCUUGUCAGUUGAAGCCGGCCUCAUACUCGAAGAUGGGUACACCGUAACCACCGUGAUCGAUGGACACGAUCUCAACAUAAACCCUUAUCACGUCCUGCCUCUUCCCCACUCAUCCGAUCUUGUCGUCCUCAAUUAUGCCACCGGCGUCUUCUACUCGGCCGCGUUUCCAACUUCUUCGAAGGAGGUUGUGCUGAGGCCGCUCGCCGGAGAUGGGAAGUUAGGGUUCUCGGAUGGGGAGUUGACUUCGGCUCAGUUUAAUAAACCUAAGAACUUCGCCGUUGAUCUCAAAGGCAAUGUUUAUGUCGCUGAUAAGGCCAACCAUGCCAUCAGAAAGAUAAGUAGCUCUGGCGUCACUACAAUCGCUGGAGGGUACUCCAAUAAAAUAGGUAACAAGGAUGGCCCCGCGCAGAAUGCAACUUUCUCAAAUGAUUUUGAGCUGGUUUUCGUGGCUCAGCAAUGUGCGCUGCUGGUGGCUGAUCAUGGAAACCAACUGGUUCGCCAGAUUACUCUGAAGUCUGAAGAUUGCACCACAGCUUCUCCAGGCUCACAGGGGGUAGGCGCUGCCCCAUGGUGGAUUCUAGGACUGGCUCUAUCAUGUGUAUUUGGCAUCGCUGUUGGUUUUGCGAUUCGCCCUUAUGUCCUCCCACGUCUAAGGGGACGUCCCAGCAACAACCCCUUCUGGUUCAGCAAGACAUGGAAGCUUUGGAUAAUCAAGCUGGUGAAAGAAGCUUGGACUCUCUGCUCCGACAUCAGAAACGGAGCUGCUAGUUUGAAGCUAUAUGCUCUCUUGAGGAGGCUGCUACUGUUGAGCAUGUCUCAUGUUUCACUAAUGUUUAGGAUUAACAACCCUGUAGGUUCACCUCCCACUCCCAGCAAGGAUUUUGUCUCCCUAAUUGAUUCUGAUAUGAGUAACAGCAGCAGUUCAGCAAAGUCGGAUGUUUUUGCUAGUGAGUUGAAGGAGCUGAUGCCUUCUGAUAAUAGUCGGCUAUUAUCAAACACAGACGAAGAUAAUUUCAAGUUUGGAGAAGCGGAUGACACAAAGACAAUAUCUGUAGCAGGGGGGAUAGAUAGUAUGAUUGAAGCUAACAUCAGAGGGUUUGCUUUCUCAAUGAAGGAACCAGCUCUGCUGGAAGGGUCUGUGGUAGCAAAUUUGGGUUUAAUUAAGAGGAGAUGAAGCAGUUACUGAAUGUUGCAUCACUUUGCUCUUGCUGGUAUCUGUGUAAGUAAAAAGCUUGUUGUUUCUCCUUGAGUGGAAUGGUAAUAAAAUGUUUAUCCUAGU